GCUCUCUGAUCUGAGAUAUGAGAGAGGAAAUUAUAUAAGCUCUGUUCCCACGUGAUUGACAGUUUAAGGAACCGUUCUGAAAUUGAAGUAAGACAUUGAGUUUGCUAGUGGGGAGUAAACGAGCUACAAAGAGUGCUCAAAUUAAGAACACAAACAGACAGUGAACAUUUGGGAAGAUGGAGCCAAAACAGAUCAGAGAGGGCUACUUAGUGAAAAAGGGCACAGUGUUUAACUCCUGGAAAGUCAUGUGGGUGGUGCUGUCAGACGAUGGGAUUGAAUUCUACAAGAAGAAAUCAGACAGCAGCCCCAAAGGCAUGAUCCCCCUCAAGGGGGCUUCUUUCAUCAAUCCCUGCCAGGAUUUUGGGAAAAGGAUGCUUGUCUUUAAACUUAGUACACCAAAAAAACAGGACCACUAUUUCCAAGCAACCCACCUGGAGGAAAAAGAAGCUUGGGUUAAAGACAUCAAAAGAGCCAUCACAUGUCUUGAAGGAGGAAAGAAAUUUGCAAGAAAAUCAACACGGAGGUCCAUCCGGCUGCCAGAAACAGUCAAUUUGGGAGAAUUGUAUGUUUUAAUGAAAGACCAAGAGUCAGGGGUGAAGGAGCUGAAACUUGAGAAGGAGAAAAGAGUUUUCAAUCAUUGUUUCACAGGCAGUACAGUAAUUGACUGGUUGCUGUCCAACAACAAAGCAAGGAAUCGCCAGGAGGGCCUAAUGCUGGCCACCGCCCUGCUCAAUGAGGGUUACCUGCAGCCUGCAGGAGAGCUGUCCAAGAUGGCAGCAGAGGGAGUCGUGGAGUGCACCCUCCUCGAUCAGCCUGAUGCCCUUUACUACUUUGCUGACAGUGGCUUUUUCUGUGAGGGCUACUCAAGUGAUGAAGACGUGGUUUUGAAAGAAGAGUUCAGAGGCACAGUCAUUAAGCAGGGGUGUUUGUUGAAACAGGGUCAUAGGAGGAAAAACUGGAAAGUACGAAAAUUUAUUCUCCGAGAUGAUCCUGCUUACAUACAUUACUAUGACCCUACCAAGGGUGAAGAAGAGCCUCUGGGUUCGAUUCACUUGCGUGGCUCUGUGGUGACUGCAGUGGAAUAUGUGCCAGAUGCUAAGAAGUACGACGUAGAUGGAAAUCUCUUCGAAAUCAUCACAUCAGAUGAAACUCACUAUUUCCUACAAGCAGCUACAUCUGAAGAGAGGAAGGACUGGAUCCAGGCCAUUCAGACAGUAUCAAAAACGGGAAAAUAGUGGGAAAGGAAGAAUGGGACACAACCUGGAAACUGCAAAAGGAAACUGGCUUUGAACUGCUUCCUCCUUUUUUUCCGUCUUGAAACCAGUUAGGUAGUGAAAUAUUUAUAUUAGAAAAUCGCCCUAGUCUAACAUCAUGCACCGCUAUAAAAUAUUUUCUGAAAUACACAAUAAUCAAAACUAAGUAUUUAAAUUUCCAUUAUAUCGUUUACACUCAUUUAUAUGUAAAUAAAGUAAAUUUUGUUUUUACCUGUACACAGACGUAUUUUGAAAAAAAAAAAAGAUUUCAACUGAAUAUAGUAUUUUCAUUUUAUACAACACCAGACAUGCCAUAAACAUAAAUGUUAUCGUGCCAUCAGAUUGGUUUGGCUGACGUUAUUCAACUACUAGAUUUUCUUGUGUACUGUAUAAACAGUAACAGACUUAACGAUAACAGAAGAAAAAAUAUUCUGUACAUAAUUCAGAGGUCAAAGCUUCUGAAAGUGUGGCAUCUGACCCCUAUUUCUGUAAAUUGUCAUGAGGAAAAUCUAUUCAAUUUAAAAUUAGACAUGACAAUAUGUCUUCAUGUCUCAGAGCAGGUUUUUAGUGUAUUUAGUGUUGUGGCAUCUUUAUAAUGUGUUUGUAUGUGAGGAUGUGUUGUUGGGUAUUCUUUAACUGAUCAAAAGUUGAAAUCUGCAAUAUUUUAUAAUAUUGGAUAAAUCACCCACCUAAUCCAGAUGUCCAGGUUUUGAUUUUGUAUUAUAUUAGCACAUUAAAGACCUCCCUGACUUUUCUGUUAACAGUUUAUUGCAACUUUUGGGAAUUUGUAGUAUUACAGUAUGAAUAUUGCAGCACAGAAGUGAUGUAUGCAAUCAUGAGUUGUUGGAGUUGUUAGUGAAUACUGAAAAACCUUUGACCCAUUUCACUUUGCUGUUGUGUUGGUUACAUGUUGCCAAGAAUCACUGUUCAGGGCUUCAAUUCAAUUUGGUGGUUCCUUCAGUGUGUAGUCUACAAAUAUGCCCUUUGUUUGUGUGGGUGUCCUCCCACCUCCAAAAGGCAAGCUGGUUAGGUUGGACUACUCUAAAUUAUUGCUUUCUGGUGGUGUGUUUCAAGGGGAAUUCAUAGAUGGUGAUUUGUUCCCACUAUAACUAGUAAUGCCUUUGUGAUUACGGCAUUAUGUUGCCUCUCUUUAAUUGCAAUACCUCAAAACUCCACAAUAAAGAAAGGCCAUUUAAUACCAUAGUCCCAUAGCCUGUUAAUGUAAUAAUCAAUCUCACUUUUAACAAAAAAGAAAUAUAAAAGAAUUUCAUCUCAACUAUCAGCCGUAAUUGUAUUUAAAAUACACUGUGCCCACAAGACAAACUAAAAAUCAAGGGUUUUAGUUUGGAUUGAAAAUCAUUUGUUCCCUAUUCCCCCAGUCUUUCAGUAUACUUCCUCUGUCUAAUCUGAAGAUUGUGUUGGGAAAUGCUGAGUUUUACUGACAUUCAAAGACAUUAUAAUAAUUCUGCGAACACAAAAAAACUCUUCCUCUUUUUUUCAGAUAUUUAUAUUGCAGAAUGAAACUAAAUGUUAUUUUUUUUGGGGAAAAGAAAACUGUUUUUAAAAGCUUGUUUUAGGACUUUUGCAGUUUUGUCUUUUGACAUUUAAGAUAAUCUAUUAAAAUGCUACGCACAGAUCUUAGCAGACAAUAUAUAUCUAACUAUAAUAGCAGGAAAAAAUAGAUGUUCUGUAUUAUCAGAGUUUGCAAUACCCAGUAAGCUCGUCUUACCAACAAAGAGUGAUUCCCUAUUCUUUCUGAUUAUUAAAAUAACAUAAAAUAUG